AUGAUUGCUGGCUUAUGUCGCCUCCUGAAAGGGAGAAUUUUCCUUCCCGCUGACCCAAAAACAUCUCUCGAAAAUAAGACUGUUCUCAUUACUGGCGGCAACACCGGCCUGGGCCUUGAAGCCGCUGUUAAAUAUGUCAAUCUGGGUGCGGCGACAGUGAUAAUUGGGUGUCGCGAUAUUGACCGUGGAAUACAAGCUAAAUCAACUAUCGAGGCGCACACACAUCGACUGGCUGUAGUCCAGGUAUGGCCGUUGGACUUGAACAGAUAUGAGAGCGUGGUAGCCUUUUCAGAUCGCAUCAAUCGUGAAUUUUCGCGGUUAGACGUCGUGCUGCUAAACGCAGGAGCACUACAUCGCCAAUACAAUUUAUCUCCGGAAGGAUGGGAAAAUACUAUCCAGACCAAUACACUAUCAACGGUGCUUCUUGCGUUACUACUUCUCCCAAAACUACGACAAAGUCACAGUGAUUCGGGGCCAGCUCACCUCACAUUUACAUCAAGCAGCACCCAUAAAUUUGUGCAAGAAGGGCAACUUGUCGGCUCGGAAUGUGAAAAGAUCCUUGAGCAUAUAAACCAAGAAUCAACUUUCGCUGGUAGGCGGCAAUACAACGUCUCCAAGAUUCUCCUCGAAUUUGCGGUCAAAAGCAUCGCACAAACUACAAGACGAGAAAAUGGAACUUUAGAUGUUAUUGUGAACUCAGCUAGCCCUGGGUUUUGCUCCACCAGUCUCAACAGAGAGUAUGAUAGCUUUAUAGAGCGUUUUUUCAACAGAAUCUUUUACACGAUCUUUGGCAGGUCUGCGGAACAAGGUAGUCGAACACUUGUGAGCGCGACCCUGCUUGGAGAGGAAUCUCACGGGAGAUGCUGGAUGCACGAUACAUAUCCUGAUAUGUCGCAGUAUCUAGUUUCUACAGUGCAAGGAAAGGAGCUACAACGAAAAGCCUGGAAAGAAAUUAUCAACGAACUAAUGCAUCAGCUUCCCUCUAGGGAAACAAUGAUUUGUAUUAAGGAGCCGAGGUAA